AUUGGAUCGACAAUAACACUUGGAAAGCAUAAGUCUCUGUAAUAAACGAACGGAAUCAGCGGUACUUUUAUAUCAUGUAAUUAUAUUUUUUAUUAUACAAUUUAAUAAUUAAGUUAUUAAGAGUAAGUAAAAAUUGUAUUUAAAAAUAAACGUAUUUGAUUGGUGAUUGAAACUUGAGUCUGAUUAAAGUUGUAACAUUUUUAGAAGCACCAGAUUAUACUGGUUAGUGAUUCAUAUAUAGGAGGGGUGAUAUAACUAAACAAGUACAAGGGAAAGAGCGAUAGUAUAAACUAUAUUAAGACUGGAAAUACGAGCAAAUAAGAUAAAGUUGCUUUAUAGAAGUAUUUCGAAGAUAUUUCUUGUCUUACCUAGUAUAUUAUCAAUUAAUAUAAAGUAACAGAAAAGAGAUAUGAAUUCAUAAAUCGAUUCUUUUUAUUAUAUCUCCUAAACAACAUAGUACUAAGAUUUGUGUAAAGAUCCUCUUUCUGAAGGAGGAAAGAUGUUUUGUUUACUAUGAAUUUAACAUUAAUCUGCCUGCUAGGGUAAUAAAUAAUAGGCCAUACUUUCAAUAGUAUUUUGAAUCGUGUGUUUUUGUGCGUAUUCAAGUAUUUAGUUUCUUGUCUUUGCUCAGAUGUAAGAAUUGAUUUUUCUUGAUUUUUCUUGAAUUGAAGUAUAAUUAAAAAACUUUUUACCACUAAAUGCUUUCAAUAGAGAUAUUCACACUUUUCUUCUUUAAAUAGAUACUUCAAGACGAGAAUAUUCUGACAGAUAUGAGCAGAUAUUCAUAUAGAAGUGGUCAUCCUUCGGCUCAAGAUUUUGAGGGGCAUCGUAAAGAACAAACAUGGCGAACUAGUUAUAAUGGACAUUCUAAACAUCAAUCAGAAGUUGUAAGUAAUUCGUUUGAACAUAAUAUCAUUCAAGAAUCACGAUAUGACCGAUAUCCAUACAAUUUUAAUGAUGAGAAUGAUGAAUAUAAUGAGGCUGAUGAUAGGUUUAUCAGUGAAAAUACUAACCAUAGUUAUAAACGUAGAGGAGCAAUUAAUUAUAACUCUAAGGAAUCAACAAGUUUUCAUUCAAGCGCUUUGGGAAAAUUUACUAAAUUUUCUCGCGAUAUCGAUUAUAGAAAGCAAGAUGAUAGAAUUUGGGGAACGAAAAGAAAAUAUCACAACAACGGAUACGUUUAUAAGCGUAGUAAAAAAACUUUUACUGAUAGUCAUCCUUACAAAAGUGGAUAUAGCUAUGGAAGGAAAUCAUAUGGUCGACCAAAUAAUAACUAUGAAGAUGCCUAUUACAAGACGGAGAAUAGAAAAAAUUUCUCCGAUUUUGAGAGUAAUGGAGACGACUACGAUAUACAAAGUUUGAGCGAGACAUUCGCGUCUGGAUACACAUCAAGAACUAACUCUCCACCAUGGCCUACAUACGAAAGAGAGCAAUUGGACAGAAAGAAAACUACCAACCAACUAUCAGACGAUGAAUGGAUUCCAAACCGUAAUAAAUUUCGCGAAGAGCAGUUUGACUCCGUCCAAGUCAGAAAAAAUGGUACCAAUCAUUCAACACAGACACGUUGCUCUGUAAAUUAUAUAUCCGAAUCGGGUUUGGACUAUAGUCGGAAAGCUAGUAGUAGUACAAAAAAAGAUACGUUAAAAAAUUCAGUUUAUAGGCGGGAAUCACUGAAUCACAAUUCAAAUAAGCUUAGGAAUUUUAGAGAAGACGAUAAGCUCGAAAAGUCUGGAAAAAGUUUAUCUAUUGCAGUAGAGAGUGAAUACGAUUCCAUAGAUAGAAAUUCUAAUUUUAAAAUAGCAGAAACUAUAUUUAAUCGUGUAUUUUCAAAUGAUAAAAAGAAUACUCCAACAAUUACUGAAGACUCUUUUAUGGAUGUAGAUUACCGAAGAAGAGAGGAUAGUAAUACUAAUAUUAAAUCGUUUCAUUCUAGUUUGAAAAAUAAUAGAGAAAGUAAAAACGCAAGUCAUAUUUCAAAGACUAUUUUUAAUGAUAAAGAUAAAAUGCUUUCAUACAAAAAAUCACAGUCAAAACAUAAAAAAGGAAAAAAAUGUGUAAAUUUACAGACUGAUACAAAUAAGAAGAAUCUAGAUAUUGAUGAUACAACAAAUAUUUCAAUUGAAAUUGAUAGAAAAAAUCGUCAAAAGGUAUAUCGUCCAUAUGAUAAUAGUCUACGUAUAGUCAAAAAUAAAGAUUCAGAUAUUGAACAUGAACGGAAAGUGGAGAAAGCAGAGCCAACUGCAGAAAAUGUGGUUAUCGUUUCACCACCAAAGACAAAUGAAACCUUUGGGGAAAAGAUUAAAAUUUCUAGAAAGUAUGAUAAAGAUACUGGUAAAAUAACAAAUGAACUAAAGUCUUCAACUCUGGGUAAAGAUUCCCCAGUUGAAGUGAUUUUAUCUCCUUUUAGUACUGCCAAUUCUGAUGACUACUUUUUCCAAUCCCUUGUAGAAGAAUCAAAUUCCUUAAAAGAGGGGAAAAUGUCAAAAAGUAGCGAAAAUAAAAUAUCGCAAUCAAACGUUUGGAAAAGACUUGGCAAUAGAAAAGAGAAAGCAGAUAUUGACCAGAAUAAUAAUAAAGCUUAUAAUAAAGAACUGAAAAAGGAAGAAUCAUAUAAAACUUUUCAGAGCUCAGAAGAGGACGAUUCAAAUGAGAAAGCGAACUUUAUUGAUUUGAAAGAUGUCCUAAAACGUGAUCAGAUUGAAUCUCAUGAGAAUAAAAUACAGAAAUUAAAGAUAGAUUCGCUAGUUCAUAAAGAUCUUGAUCUGAGAUGUGAGAAUGUUACAUAUUCUUGCACAGAAAAGACGAAAUAUGCCGAAGAGAGCAAAACUGAUGACAUUUCAAAGAAUCUUCAAAAUGAUAAUACGUCAAGAACAAUUGAAAACUUGUCGAAGAACAAUAAGUUAAAGAAGCAUAUGAUAUAUAAAUGCAUUAAUUGCGAGUUUUAUACACCGAAGAUUGAAAUCAUUAAAGAGCAUUUAAGGACGACGAAUCAUUACUCAGCUUCAACUUAUGAAGCUGAAGAUUCUUUAUCAAAUCUGUUAAUUUAUAGAGUAAAAUCACAGUUUUCCGCAGGGGGAAUUUUCGAAACCAUUGAUCAUAAUACAUUGGCUUGUUUAAAAGGAUUUUGUGAGGAAGGUGAUUAUCUUGAAUAUCCCAUUCUACCGGAUGUUGAGUUUAUUAUACUCAGCUGUGAGAAAUGUAACUUUAUUGAGACAAAUAUUGAUAAAGCAUCAGAUCAUUUAGAAGAAAAAGAAUGCGCAGAUGCAAGUAUAGAAUGCUUAAAAGUUGAUAAGAGUGGAAAUUCACUUGAAACUUUAUUCAAGUUGGAUAAGAAACCUGCUGUACUUACUUAUAGAUGUCAGGAAUGUAAUUAUGUUUCUGAGUGUAGAAAUGAUGGAAUUCAGCAUGUUUUAAGUACAAGACACGAAAGAAUGAAGAGAGAGUUGAGGAAAUCCCAUUUGGAAAUGCCAUCAGACACCAAAUUAGGAUGUAAUGUUAUAUUCGCAGAGUAUCGUGAGGCACUGCUUUUAAUUGUUUAUAAUAGGCUGAGAAAAGAGUUAAAGGAAGUGAAGGCUGAUGAAUCAAUAAAGGUUGCUUAUAAAUGUCAUUGUUGCAAUUUUUUCUCAGGUAGUUCUCAAUCUCUUUUAAAUCAUUUAAAGCAAAAUUGUCAUGUUUCUGGAUGUGAGAUGAUAUGUAAAUUUGGUGAAAAAGGACCAAUUCCAAUAUUUGCGAAAAGAAACAUAUUAAAUGUUGGUAAAGAAAACAAAAUGGAAAUUUUCUGUCCCGAAUGCUAUAAGUUAUUUAAGUGUAUUCGAGAUUGUUCAGAUCAUUUUCUAACACAUCACGAAAUUUGUGAUAUUAACUAUCUAUUUGGUUGUUAUUCAGUUUCUCUUAAAUUAGAAGAAAAAAGACUUGAAUUUUCAUCAAAAGCGUGUGAAACUUGCGAAACACAAUUUGAAAAUCAUCUAAAAUUGAUUGAACACUGGAAGGAAUACGAGGAUCAUACACCAGGUUUCAAGUCAAAUAUCAAUGGAAAAGUAGAAUUAUGGCAAAAGAAAGUUGAUGAACACAAAGAAAAACAACUUAUUAAUCCAUUCUCUGAAUGGGAAGGUGCUGGACACAGAGAAAAAUUAUCUAUCAAUGACGCAAAUUAUGGUAAGCCAGUAGAGGGUUCGUUUACUGAGAAACGGGCUAACCAGGCCAAAAAACUUAUAACAUCUGAGAUAGAAGAACUUUGCCUGAUGAUUGAAUCUAUUGGAAAUCAAUAUCCCGACGGUUGGAUUAUUUCGUUUCGGGCUAUAUUUGAGGCCUAUACUAAGAUAUCUAGCAAAGUCGUAGGUUUAUUAUUAAGAGCAAGGAAGCAAGGGUUAGUCAGAUUUGAAGGGGAAAUGCUCUUUCAAAGAAGAGAUGAUAGCAAAGAAAUCAAAUUAGUUGAAAAUUGGCAAACUCUACUGAAAUAG